AUGAGUGCAAAUCAGAGAACGGAUUGUUUUUUCAAUUUGACAACUCCGGAACGAAUUGAUCUUUUUCGAGUGAGUUUAAUAUGAGCAAUAGGGGGGGGGGGUUUGUAAUUUGAAACAAGAAGCAUGUAUUUUCAGCGUCGACAAGCUCUUCGUGUCGAAAAUGUAUUUCGAACAUAUUAUGGUUGGGUUAUGUUGCCAUUGGCUUUGAUCGGAUUUUUUUGCACCGGAUUGUUUAUUGUCUCCACAUAUAAAGUAAGCCUGGUUUUUAAAUUAAAAUUUUGGAAUUUCAAAUGUUCUCUUUUUACUGUAGACUUCAUUCUCAGCAUUUUUUGCUUGAAGACUUCUCCUCUCAGUAGAUUACAGUAUUACUUUUUACCUCCUCAGAUCUUUUUUUCGAGGUAAAAAAGUAUACACAUAUUUUGCACACACACAUACAAAUGAGUUUGAGUGUAAUAUUUGACAGAAGGGUGUAAUUACUGUAGGUGUACUGUAGUACUGUAGUUCACAAAUGUUUAACAAUAAUUACUGUACUUUCAAAAAAAAAAUUUUUUUUUAAUUUUCAAAAUUCAAAUUUUUUUUUUGCAAAACUGUCAAAGCGGUUCUUCAGUAAAAAUCAAUUUUUUCUCUUCAAACCAUUCUAAUAUAUUUUUAGAGAAAAUAAAAUAGAAAUUAUUUUUCAUAAUGUUUUUUUUUCCAUUUUUUCAAACUAUUCUGUUUUACUUCAAAAAAAAAUUGAAAUAUUGUAACUUUUCUUAUUUUUUUCAUUUAGAAAAAAAAAACAAAACUAUACCGAACAGUCUAUGUUCAUAGCACUAAAAUGUGGUGGCGGUCAAAAAAAGUUUAAUUUUUCCAAAUAUUGACAAUGGUUGAUGUUGUGUUUUUAUCAAUGACAUGAAAAAACUGUAAUUGUGAUAGAAUUGAAAAGUAUGAAAUUCCAAAAAAAAAAAUGGAUCGAAAAAAUCUAAGAGAGAAAAUAGAAACACACACACCAACAUGGUGAAUAAAAAAAAAUAAUGAUCAUGACAGAAAUUUUUGUAAGUUCUGUAACCCCGCCCCCUUUUGAGGUAAAAAAAAAUCCUGUUCACAGAAUGAAACAAAUGAAAAAUCUCCACAUAUCAACAACUUCAUUAACCCCCCAUGUUUGAUGAUUCAUUUUGGUAGAAUGUAUUAA